AUGCAGCACACAUCAUCUUCAGGGAGUGAAACUGAAGGAGCGGCUUCUUCUAAGUUUCGUAGUAAAGCAGUGCUCGACAGUGCUAGAAGUCCUUCGAAAAUGCAAGAGAGAGUUGGUGAAAUUGUGCAGAAAUGCAGGAAAGUCGACGAGGAAGUAUCACGGAACGCACAGAAUACAUCUAAGCAACUUGUAGGGGUUGGACCGCAUCACGUCAGUGUGGAUCUUGACUCAAUCAUG